UCACACCAAACAAACCAGACAGCAACCAAGUAUGAAUUUUACCGACUAUUUACGACUCAGUGAGUUCAAAAUUUUCAAAAAUGUGCGUGAAACUCUACCGAAAAAUCUCAAGAAAUCCACCAGUUUGCUUGCGGUUAAAGAUGGGGUGCUUUUUACGUGGGAUUUCGCCGACAAUUGUGUCCUAACCUUAAAUAUUAAAGCUGCGAGGAGCCGCGACGGGGACAAUGUAACGCAUCAAAAUCUUUUGCCUCUAAUUCCGGUCAUGUUCCAACCGGAAUUAUUACUGGUCAACGACACUGGAACAUUGUUGGUGGUAGCAGGUCCGUCCGGAGUCCUAGUGAUGGAACUUCCGACGAGGUAUCCGCCCUUUGGGGCUUUCGAAAAUAACAAAGAUGUGGUGUAUUGCAGAAGUCACACGCUCGACGAACGUCUACUUUUCUGCAGCGAUGUCGUCCAAGUCCGACAAGUUCGAUUUCAUCCCGGAAGUCCCAAAAAUACACACAUUGUGGUCCUUACAUCAGAUAACACACUUCGGUUGUACAAUAUUGAGAAUGCAAGUGCCUUAAGUUUGUCAAAAAUCACAAUUGGGGAAACUCCAAUCGGGGUCUUCCCCGGAACGAAAACAUCCUAUUUAGCUGCUUUCGGCGAAGUAGGCGUUGAUUUCGAUUUUGGCCAACCCGAAAUCAACUCUGAUCCUAAAACUAUUUUCAAUGAUGAGACCAAAAAGGACUUACUGUGGCCUGUUUAUGUUUUAAGAGGUGAUGGAAGUGUCUAUAGUGUCAUAAUCCCGCUAGACCAAAAGGCCAAACCGGAAGUUAAAGGUCCGAUUUUGCAAAACACGUCCGAGGGGAAUCCCCGUGAGGAAGCCUGCGCGAUUAUUUGUAUGAAUAUUAAUCCGGAAGUGGUCUGCAUAGCCAACUCGAAUGGUACAAUAUAUCAUUCGAUUUUACUACCGCCGGACUUUGAAACUGGGAAUUGUCACAAAGAGUUGCUCUGUUUCGAAAGUAUUGAACUCGAAUUAGGACUUUCGACUACAACAGAUGACAAUAGCUAUACUUGUCCUAUUUUUUUGCAUAAAGAUGAGUCGAAAUCAGGCCGGUAUUGUGCCACACACUCGGCUGGUAUCCAUUUAGUUACAAUAGGGUGUCUUAAAGACCUUCAGGGGUACAUAAAUGGGCAAAAUGAAGACCAAUCAAUGGAUGAGAUUUUUAAUUCCGAAAGUAAAGCCGAGUAUUUAGUUUGUACCAAAACCUCAAAUUCGGAAAAAACCAAUCCGGUUAUAGGUUUUUCCUUGUAUUAUGAGCCCACCUCUUUGAUCGCCAUCUUGGCAGAUGGGAAUUUAGUCACUUUAGGGAUUUUGACAGCAGAAGUGUUGCCCAAAAUCGAGGAUUUGGCACUUGGAGAUAAGCAAGAAACUAAUUCACCUUUGAAAAAAAUGUUGAGGGAACCUUUUGAUAUCAAUAUUCAAAAAUUGCUCAAAAGAUCCUCAAAUCAGCCAAUUCUGAAGUUGGGAGGUGACGGCAAACACAGUCAGAAGGAGUGUCACGAGCUGUUACAAAGGGCGUCUCAAGUCUUCCGCGAAUACUUUGAAAACCACACCAGGGCUCGUGAAGAAAUCGAGAAGAGGGUCAAAGCCCUCCAAAUGAUGAAAGACUUCCAAUUGAAGCAAAUCCAGAGGAUGAUCGCUGAGAAACACGAUCUUCAAUCAAAAGCAGAAAAUUUAGCCGAGAAAUACGAAGAUAUUAAAGACAAACAAGACGAGAUAAUGAAGAGAUGUGAGAAAAUGUUGGUUUUGGUGAGCCAGAAGAAAACCGAGCCUUCGGAUGCCGAGAAGGAGUAUUUGAAGGAGUUGGAACAGUACAUGGAGAAGAUCGAGAAGUAUAAAAAGUCGAUUGAGAAGUUGAAGAUGAAGGUAAACUAUCAGAAGAUACAGAUUGCGAAUUGGAAGGCGCAAGAGGGUAAGAAAGUUUCGGCUUUGAGUGAAACGCAUUCAGUUACAAUUAAAAACAACUUGAAGGAAACGAGUGAAAAAAUCACCGAAAUGGUCAAGGAAAUAAACGAGUACAAGGAGCGCCUCAAACUGAAAUAAUUGUUUUGUAUUAAACUUCAAAUUAAAUUUUGAGAAGUUGU